AUGGAAGUGGCAGAGAGCAGAGAGCAAGGCUCCACAGGUCCCAAGACCGGUCCGGAGUCCUUAAUGACCAAUGGCGAGCGCAAUCCCUUUCUAGACGACCCUCUCAUGGAUGAUGGACGGUCGAGCAGUUUGAGUGAGAUCGACGACGUCUCCGAUGACGAGCCCUCCGACUUUGACGAAUCUCCAAAGCCUGAGAAGCAGUUGGAGAACGACUCCGAGGCGGAAACCGAACGCAUUGAAGACUCUCCCCACAACAUUCGAAAGCGUGAUAUUGUCCUGAGUGCUGCCGGCAUUGGUAGUGCCGGUCCCAGUCCCAGCAAACUUCACCAGAGCACAACACUUGACGAUGUGGACGAAAAUGAACAUACCGUGGACGAUUCACCGAGCAAACCCCGACGCUCCUCUAAAAACCACGCAAGCGACAGCGAGAUUCCUGAUUUGGAUGAAUCAGAGCUUGUGGAUAGUGCUGGGAAAAAACGCAAGCGUGUCGAGACCGGCGACGAGACAGGAACGGAGCACGGAGAAGACGAGCCGGUCAAGAAGCGACGCAAUUCUAUGAAGAGCGGUCUAAGUGACCCUUUGGACGACGACACUCCGCUUUCUCCCGAGCCAGUGAUGGACGAAGAGCCCGCCACUCUGAUGGACGAUGGCGUGCCCAUAGACGACAUUCCGGACGCAGAGCUUCCUGUCGUUUCGUCAAAAGGGAAAAGAGGCAGAAAAGUCGAAGAACCUGCGGAGCCUCUGGAUGAGGCCGAUGAGGCCGAAGUUACAGCCAGGGCAGAGGAAGAGUCUGUGAAAAAAAUGUCUGCGAUGGAGUCGUUAGCGACAUUGGAGAAAGAGUUUGCCGCGUUGCGGGACAAGAUUUAUGAUGAACGAGUUACAAAACUCAAUCGCGAAUUGGAAAUGCUCUCUGGCCCCAAUCCAACACAUCCAGAGUAUCUGCGCCAGAUCGAGUGCGUACAACGAUAUCGCGACGCGAAGAUCAAAUACGAACAUACAUUAUAUCGUUACCGUUUGAAGGCCUUGCUGAACAAAAGUUUGGCCGAGCGAGCGCAGACUCACAGUACCUUUUUCCAGCGGGUGCGAGAUGUGCGAGAGCGUCAUUCAAGCGCGAUCAGCAAACAAUUUUACGCGAUCCAACACGACCGCUUUAAGACGGAUGAGUUGAGCCCACAUCACGUGGUGCCGUUCCCGACUCGUCGUUCACAGCAAAUCGCGCACCAGACCGCAUACAACCACGAGGUUUCGAUCAUGGCCGGAGUGGCCAAGUAUGUUGGCUUCCCGGCGGCACCAACGUUGCUCGGGGCACGGCCCUCUGAGUUGGAAGAGGACCUGGAAAAAAUGGGGAUAUCCGUGGAGACUCGAGUGGCAAUUCCACGUCAUUCGCAUUCAUUGGCCAUGCCCCCUCGAAACGCCGUCUCGGCCAUGUCUUCGAACGCCUUCCGUACAGCUGCCGAAGAAGCCUUUUUGGAGCAAACCCCAUGGGCUAACCCUCAGCAUCCCAUUCACCAACAACAACCGCAGCACAUCUAUUCUCAGCAUCAUAGGGCCCCAGUAUCCUCGUUUGCAACUCCCGCGGCGCAAAAACGCGUCGUGGACAUCAAUGCGCCCAAUGGGUCUGCCUCCACGAUACCAGAAAACAUGUCAGCGGCGAACUCAUCAGCCAACAACACGCCGUACGGGAUCGAGCAAGAUCCACGACAUCAUGCCCAAGGACCAUUCCGCAAUCCAGACUAUGAUAUGGAGCAUAAGUCUGGGUUGAGAUCACAGAGCUCGUCACCGCUAGACGUGCGAAAAGCCCAAUCUCACCCUGGUCCUCUUCAAGAGCGUCGAUCUCCAGGCCUCGACUCCUCUCGCAAUCCUCUGUACUCUCCGCCUCCUGCUCACGCGGGUUUGUUUCAACUCUCCAAAUCAAAAGCAGGCCCUUCGCAGCCGUAUAAUGCAAAGCCAGGCGAAACGAUACACUACCACACUCACCAAGCAGAAAUCCCCACAGAAGCUAGCGCUGGCCAUGCCCCUCUUCGCUAG